AUGAAUGGCAAUAUUGGAAUUCAUUCUUUAUCGAUUAUUCAUGGCUGCUUUAUUCUAUCAUCCGCUUGUUUACCACAUCCCUUGAUAGGUGUGUUCGGUCUUAAAUGGGCUUUGGCCUUAGAUCAAGUACCCUAUCUCUUGUAUUUAUCAGCUAAUUAUUAUCCGAAACCUUAUUUAAUUUAUCAAGCUGCUGCAUUAGUUGGUAUGGCUUCUGCACCUUUGUGGACUUCUGGAUUGAGCUAUGUGAUAGAUUCGGCAUCUAUCUAUGCUAAAACAAUAGGUGUUGGCAAGGAUGUUAUUUUAAAUAGAUCCAUAGGAAUCUUCUACAUGUUCUAUCAAUCAGGUCAAGUGUGGGGUAAUCUAAUUUCUUACUUGGUCUUAUCACCCAGCGAACAGAUUAAUGUAAAUAGUAGAAUAUUCAACAACAGUUGGACGUACGAAGAAUGUGGUGCUGAUUUUAAUGAGCAAGAAUAUCAAAGUAGCACUACGGGUCAUAUGAUCAAUACCACGGAUCUAUGUCACUCUGCCAAUUCCCAUUUCUGCCAGUUACGUUAA